UCGAUCCAUGUGAAAACCAUGAUUGUCAGAAUGGUUACUGUGUGAUUGAGGCGUCCAUUGCAAGAGGAUACAUGUGCAGUUGUUCCAAUGGUUAUGCAGGGGAAAAUUGUGAUGGUCUAAUCCACUGGAAUUGCUAUGAAAUGCUAAAAAAAAAUUCCAGUCUGAAAGGAAAAAAUGGUGCAUAUAGUAUUGCAGUUGGUUUAAAAAUCACUUCCGUUUAUUGUGACAUGACCACAGACGGGGGCGGGUGGACAGUUUUACAGAAAAGAAUAGACGGAUCAACCGAUUUCUAUCGAACCUGGGAAGAAUACAAAAAAGGUUUUGGGGAUCCAAGGAACAAUUACUGGAUUGGGAAUGAUGCAAUCUAUGCUUUAACCAAAGAUCAGGACCAAGAACUGCGAGUAGAUAUCCAGGCAUUUGAUGGGGACACAGCUUAUGCUGAAUAUUCCACGUUUUAUAUCGGAAACGAGACAGAGAAAUAUCGACUCACAGUAUCCGGAUACACAGGAACUGCAGAUGAUAGUUUGAUUAAUCUUCACAAUGGAAUGAAAUUCAGCACACAGGAUCAGGAUAACGACAACUGGAGUGGUGAUAACUGUGCUACAUCAAGCCACGGAGCCUGGUGGUACAGGGCCUGUGCCUGGUCAAAUCUUAACGGACUGUACGGACAGGCUGGUGAUUCUGGUGGAAAAUACACGACAUGGUAUCACUGGAAAAGUAACUUUGACUCAUUAAAGCAGACUCAGAUGAUGAUCAGACAAAAAAACUAGAGAUCAUUUAUAAUCAGAUCUGACAUACAAUACAAAUCUGAUAUUUUAUUUUUGCCAAACAAACAGAAACUUUUUGUUGUUUUUGUAUUCAAGUACAAAUGUUUAGACAAUUACAGUAAUUUCCUUCUUCUUCAAUAUUUCUACCAUUGAAUUAGAUUUUUAACAAUCAUGU